UUACCCUUAAAGCAUGUAUAUUAGUACCUUAAAGGUACAUAGUAGUAUCUCUUUUUUUUUUUUUGGCUGAGAAUGCAUGAUAAAUUUAACUUAUGCAUCAGUAAUGGAAUGUAUUAUAAUUGGUUCACUCAUCCCAGUGUCUUUUGGAAUGGUAGCUUAGGUUUUGAGAUCCUGGAAGUUGUACCCUAUCCAGAUGUUGUGGUUGUUUGCUGUGGUGGAGGAGGGUUACUUGCUGGUGUGGCAGCUGCCAUCAAACUGUCUGGUUGUGAGAACACUAAGAUCUAUGGAGUGGAACCAGAAGGAGCAUGUACAAUGUACAAGAGCUUCAUUGAGAAGAAGCCUGUUGGUAUGGAUGCUAAAAGCAUUGCUUCAGGGCUAGCGCCACCAUUUGCAGGUUCUUUGCCAUAUGAGCUGUGUCAGAAGUAUGUGGAGAACAUUGUGCUGGUGACCGAUGAGGAGAUCAAAUCUGCAGUUGCCAUACUUUAUAGGGCUGGACUCGUGCUUGAACCUUCAGGAACUGCGGCUUUCGCUGCCGUCACGAAUGACAAAAUCCCAGAUAUCAAUGACAAGAAUGUGGUGGUCAUCCUCAGCGGUGGAAACAUUGGCAAAGAUGAGCUUAGCAACUUUCCUGACUAAGUUAAAGGCUUAUUUAGAUAAUAAUCACAAUAAAUAAUGUUUCUAAGGCAUAUAUGGGCUGUGAAGUUCCAUAAAAUAAUUGUAUGGAAAAGAGCAGCAUAAAUGAUGGCAGAUUCAUGUUUGCGAUAACAACUACAUUUUGCCAAGUCGUUUAUGGAUUUAUAUCUAUUUACUCACAAUCUCUUGUUUUUAUGAUGAAUUGCAUUCAUAUUUUAAGUGCAAAACACUAAAAUGAUAAUGUAUCCUUUUUAGAAGUGAAAAUACUGUGAAUAAAUAAAGUUACGAAACAU